AUGAAAUUCACCGUCUCUCGACCUCCAGGCUAUCUCAGCUACGACACAGGCAGUGUCGGUGCUGUGACCGAAAUGCCCUUCUUUGCGACCAGUAUUGGCGAACUCACACCCUUCCUCCGUGGAUUUACUGUCUCGUUGAUCAUGCUCACUGGUGCCUUUCCUUCAUUCUUCGCUGGACAACUUGCCGAUCGCUUUGGAAGAUUGGCGGUCGUUGCAGUAGGUGCGCUGGUGUUUGCAAUCGGUGCUGCGUUGGAAGGAGGUGCCAACAAACUCGGCAUGUUCCUUGCGGGCAGAGCAUUAUGUGGUAUAGGUGAAGGCUUAUGGCUGAGCAAUGUCACAGUGUAUAUCACUGAAAUUUCUCCAUCAGCCCGAAGAGGCAUGUUGGUCUCGUUACCUCAGUUCAUGGCAUGUGCUGGCAUUUGUGCUGGCUAUUUCACCUGCUAUGGAAGCGUCCGGAUCGAUUCAAGCUUUUCAUGGAGAGUCGAGGCCGAGAAAGAUCUGCUUGGUCCUGCUGCCGAGCAACAGAUGGCUGUGCGUCAGCCAGGUGCCGUCGAGNGACUUACAAUGCUCUUCCGUCAGCCGUAUCGGAAACCUGCGAUGCUCGCUCUCUACGNNCUCUACUAUGCCCCUACUCUUUUUGCCCAGGCCGGUCUGCCACCAAAGUCCGCGUCGUUUCUGGCAUCCGGUCUGUCAGCAAUUCUUAUACUUGCGAUCAGCAUUCCCGCACUUCUUCUUGCCGACAAAGUCUCGCGUCGCAGCAGCGUCAUCGUCGGUGGUUGCGUUCUUACGUUUUGCAUGUUCACAAUAGGCAUACUCUACGCUUCAAACUCUGUGACGCCGCAAAACCCAGCUCGCUGGCUUGUUAUCGUCCUGGUAUUCGUCUUUGGAUUAGCAUACUCGGCAACUUGGGGUAUCGUCGGCAAGAUCUACGCUUCAGAGAUUCAGCCUGCAGCUACAAGAUCUGCAGCAAGCGCUGUUGCUCAAGGGCUUGGCUUCUUCACAAACUGGAUCGUCGCCAUCAUCACACCUGUACUACUGGCCAAAUCGAGCUACGGAGCCUACUUCUUGUUCGGAGGCAUAUGCUUGGCCAGCGUUCUGGUUUUAAUGUUCAGUAUGCCUGAGACUCGUGGGCUCAGUCUCGAGGACAUCCAACGUGCGUUCCUGGUUCCUGGUACUGCGCAAAGAGGGAGAGUGGUCAGUGUGCUUAGGAGGUGGGCUGGUCUCAGCAACUCGGAGAGUCCCGCUGGGAGCUCGCAGGCAAGCGAGUCGUCCCUUGAACUCCGGGAUGUGGGUGACUCGCUGAACCAAGGCACUGCUACUGGUGGUGGAGAAACAGCAUCUGUGAACAGCGGAAGCGACACAGCUGUCCGAGUCUAG